AUGAGCGCACGUAAGAGCAACACCCAAUCGCGAGUGGAACACGAGCUUCUGGCGUUCCCCCUGGUGUCGCGAUCCCCGUCACCGGUCAGCGAGGCGGACGAGGAGUCCACCGGGGAGAUCUCGGACGUGGAGCUGCCGUCCGAGGAGGAGGACCCAGGCGCAGACGCGACGGAGAUCGCAGAGGUCGCCGCCAUCUCUUCCGAUGAGAGUGGGCCAGAGGACGCGAGUGAGGAGGAGGAGGAGGGGACGGAGACCGUCAGUCCCGAGGUGUCCUCGGACGAGGACGACGUGGCGCGGCGAGCGGCGAGGGACCGGAUGAUCUUCCGCCGGUUGAGCAGGGCGACGGCAGGGCUCGGGAGGAUCUGCCUAGGGCAGAUGCCACCGUCGGGCAAGCCCAAGGAGUGGGCUCGGAUCCUGGAGGCGCGGGCGGUCACUGUCCGCCAAUGGGAGACCCGGCGGGCGGCGAGGAGUGCAGCAGUCGCCGCGGGGCAGCAGAGGCUGAGGGACGCCGAGGCCGAGGAGGCCGCACUGUGUCAUCAGCAGACGGUCACGUGGAUGUGGCCCGCCCCCGAGGAGGCAGCAGAGGAGGCCCGGAUGCGGGAGGCCUUCGAAGCCAUCGAGUGGCGGCGCCCACCGCCGUUGAACCAGCGCGAGCCGAGGGCCAAGUCGGCGAAACGCGUCGCGGAGACGGCCGAUCGCGAGGGACCGGAGGUGACGCCCAAGGAGGAGCGCGAGGCCCAGGAGGGGCUGGAGAAGGGGCCAUGGGAGUGGCCAUCACCGCCGGAGACGUCGCGGGACGCGGGGCCACCCUCGAAGCUGGCGCGGCAGACUUCGUGCCCGGAGUCGCGAGCCCCACCGGCGAGGCCGACGCUGCGAAGACAGCAGUCGGAGGGCGCGGAACCGUGGGCGGAGGUUCCGGAGGCGGAGUGGCCGGCGCGGGUGGCCGAAGAGGCGCAGCGACAGCGAGGGAGGCAGAGGAAGGUGUCGCUGUGUCGAAAAAGUCGUUAA